AGCGGCUGUCAGGGAUGCAGAUCAGCUGUGUGGCUCUCAGGGACUGACAGCCUAUUUAACCAUGAGGAGACCAGUCGGCGCUGAGCAGAAAUGCGCGCUGUGCUGACGGUGUGCUCCUCCCGCCAUGAGCCGCCGACCUCCGGGCGGGACAUGAGGGUGUGGGUCCUGGCCGUGACAGCGCUGCUGGCCGCUAACACCGCCCGGGGAUCCCCGCUGCUGCUGGAUCCGGAGGAUUUUCUGGAGAAGUAUGGGUAUCUCCAUCAUGAGCACCAGGUCCACAAUGCAGUUGAAGUGCAGUCUGCGAUCAGAGAGUACCAGUGGCUCUCCCGUCUCCCCAUCACAGGGCGACUUGACAGCGCCACCCUGAGGCAGAUGGCAGAGCCCCGCUGUGGGGUGUCAGAUGAGGGCAGCCAGCAGGUCUGGGCGCAGAGGGUAAAUGUCAUCUUUACUGGAAAGGGACAACUGGAUCACCGCAGGAGGCGCUCUGCAGACAAAGCUGAGAAGUGGUACAAGCGACAGCUGACCUACCAGAUUGUAAACUGGCCUCGCCACCUGUCCCAGGGCUCUGUUCAACUGGCGGUGCGAACUGCUUUCCAGCUUUGGAGCAAUGUGUCUGACCUGGUGUUCCAGGAGGCCCCUGAGGGCCCUGCAGACAUCCGGCUGGCUUUUUACGAGGGGGACCACAACGACGGGACCAGUAAUGCCUUUGACGGACCAGGUGGGACCUUAGCUCAUGCAUUCCUGCCUCGUCGAGGAGAGGCCCACUUCGACAUGGCGGAGAGAUGGACCCUGAACGGACACAAGGGCCACAACUUGUUCAUGGUGACCGCCCAUGAGAUCGGACACACUCUGGGCCUGGAGCACUCCCCCGUGCGCCACGCUCUGAUGUCCCCGUACUACAGGAAGCUGGGCCGCAGCCUGGUCCUGAGCUGGGACGACAUCCUGGCCGUGCAGCAGCUGUACGGGAAACCAUUGAGUAAUCGUCCCGUGAGGCUACCUGGACAGGUAUUACAUGCUGCGCUGCAGGAGUGGGAGUUCAACGAGCUUCAGAGCCAGAACCCAGGACAGCCUCUGUAUUGCCACGGGGUCUUUGAUGCCAUUACAGCGGAUGAGAAGCAGACAGUUCUGGUGUUCCGGGGCAGCCGGUUUUGGACGGUAUCAUCUAAAGGCAGCGUGAGCGGACCGUUCAUCCUCCGCCAGCGCUGGCCUGGACUCCCUGAGGCCAUAGAGGCUGCUGCUUUUUCCCCUUUGGACUCCAAGUGGUAUUUUUUCAAAGGAAAGCGGAUGUGGCGUUACACAGGCACAGGGCUGGACCCAGGGUUCCCCAGGAAGAACAAAGAGCUGGGUCUGCCUCGACGCCCAGACUGUGCUUUCUACUAUGCCCCUCUGGGUCAUUUGGUGCUCUUCAAAGGUUCCCGCUACUUUGUGCUCAACCUUAAAACUUUGCGCCCAGAGGCCUACUAUCCUCGCAGGCUAAAAGAUUGGACUGGACUGCCGCAGGGCAUCAACGGGGCGCUGACCCGUCCAGACGGGCGGCUUUACCUCUUCAAAGAGCAACGGUUCUGGAGGUUUGACCCCGUGAAGGUGCGGGUCACCAGAGAGGGCCAAUGGGCUAAAGAUCUAAGCUGGACCGGCUGCAGCAAUAGUCCUCAGAGUAAUAACAUGCUUUGACCAGCAGGGGGAGCCUUAACAUUAAAAGUGCAAUUUGUUUACAUACAGUUUCACAUAAAGGGAAGGGUCCUGCACUUUUUCAACUGGAUCCUGACUGACACUAGUGUGAUACCGAUCCAAAACCAGAGGUCCAUUUCAUGAAGCAGGUUUACAGAAAACUC